AGAGAGAGAGAGAGAGAGAGAGAGAGAGAGAGGAAUAUAUAUGUGGGCAGGAAAGAAGGAGAGGAGUCACAAAGAAGGGAAAACAAAGAAGAGGAAAACAAAGAAGAAUGUGAGCAACGACUGGAAUAUUCUGAAAAGAUCUACCACAGUUUACGGGUUACAGCUUACAGAGGUGUGAAGAUUGCAGAGACUGUAAAGUGUUGCCCAACACAGUCUCUGAAGAACUCAUCUGAGAAGAACUUCACCAUAGUUCAGAUCUUUCGAUGUUUGCCUCUGGCUUAAAGCCUACCAUGGAUUCCUUCAACACUGUGCUGCGCUUUCUGACCAAUCAGAAGACCACUAUCGGCUAUGGAGUUAUGGCUAUUGCCACUAUUGGCAGUGAAAGGAUUUUCUCACUCUUUUCCUUUCAGUGUCCGUGCAAUACUCAGCAGAACUUCGCCUAUGGGAUGACCUACCUCCUCGGACCGGCUUUGGUGCUGCUAACAAUAGGGCUGUUCCUUAGUACUAGCCUGUGGCGACUGUACACAGGCUGUUGUCUGAACCCUAUGAAGUUGUGCCCCAGGGGAAACUGCAUAGGAUGUAUUUCCAUCCUUCUGAGGGUCCUGGUGGGUGCUCUGGUGCCUCCCAUCAUGUGGCUGAGUGUGGCCCUGCUUAACGGGACCUUCUAUGAGUGUGCGGUCAGUGGGUUGGAGGACAAGGUGAUCGUCGACCUUUUUUGCAAGCACAGGAACAACACCUGUAAAGAGGAAUUGGCCAAGGUGCCAUGCAAAACGUCCAACUUGCCCGUGGCCGAGACAACAGAGCUCCUGCUGAUGCUCAAAGCGCAGUCCCAGAUUCUGGGCUGGGUCAUCAUUAUAACAUCGGUUCUGGCUGGGCUGAUUGGGACCUGCUACAAAAACUGCCGCUCUCAGGUGAGUUACCUGCAGCUCACCUUCUGGAAGGUCUACAUGCAGAAAGAGAAAGACAAGUUUGACUCAUUCGCGGAAGACUACGCCACCAGACUGGCGGAGAGGAACAUGAAGAGCUUCUUUGAGAACCAGGACCCGGAAGCCUUUCCUUUCCCUAACCAUACGGCCUGGGAGCAGAUCUCAUCCGUGUACACGUUCAGCAACAGCGAGCAGUACUACAGCACGCUGCAGAAAUACGUGGAGGGCCCUAAUCGGGAUUACAGCUCGGAUAAGACGCCGCUGCAAAUGGAACACAGCCUGGAGUAGAGACAUGUGGGAGAGGCGUGAGUGGGUUGCAUUAAAGGACCCAGAUCCUACAUUUUCUUUCUAUUUUCCCUCCUGAUCUCAUAUAUGUACCCUUUUUGUGGGUUCCAAAACCAAUUUUUCAAAAAAGGCACAAAGACUUUUUUCUAGGCUCUUUUAAGACCUUUAUGACUGAUACUUGUUUUGAUUGGCUGGCACGUGUCUAAAAUGUGAUGUAAUCUGAUGUAGUCUGUUAAAUCCUCAGGGAUAUGGGAUAUAAAACAACCUUCAGGCACUUUCACUUUAAAUGUUUUCCCUUUAUAUUCCAGCAGCUCCACUGCAGUCAAAUGAAACACAGCACACAGCUGUUCAUCAUAACCAUGAUGAAUUUGGAAUCACUUGUUUUUGCAACAUUUUGCUUGCAUGUAUAGCCCUGGCAGUGGACUAUAUGUUAAGUGCCAAGAAAAUUAAAUUUUACAAGAUUCAAGACUCAACUUAAGCCCUUUUUGGAUUGGAUUUCUCAGAUCAGGGCAAAAUAACUUGAUAGAAGCUUUCAUAGUUAACAUGCAGAUGUGUGUCUCUGAUGAGAUCUUGUCCAGGACUGCACAGACUGCUUUUGCAAAUGUUUUGCAUAACUUUAUGUAAGCAUGAAACAUAUCAGAUUCUAUACCCUUAGCUGUGCACCAUUAAUAAUGCUCUAAAGCAGCACUGACUAUAAUUUAAGUUAUUUGUAGUUAGUUGUUUGUUAGUUGUAACUUUAUGAAUAGUGCCCACAAUGACUUCAUGUCUAAUGAGUAACAUUAUCUUUUGAUAAGUGUUGUAUGACCAGCCAUGUCAGUGAUUUUAACACAUGUGAAGUCAAUGUUUUAUCAAGGAACAGCAUCAACAGAGUUGAAUUAACAUGUUGUUGUCCAUUCUUGCGGCUGUAGGGGUAGAUAAGGUUACUAGCACAACCAAAGAAGUUGUAAACAUGUCGGCCUCAAGUACUCUAACAACACAAAACACUCGCACACAGAGACUCAAGUCUCAACUCAGGACUUGUACCCAGAGACUCAAGACUCAAGUCAGCCUCACAGCCAUAGACUUAAGACUCAACUCGGGACUUGCACCCAAAGACUGAAGACCCAAGUCUGUCUCACACCCAGAGACUCAAGACUUUACUCAAACUCCCACCAAGACACUCAAGACUACACUAAUUCUUGCAUCCAGAGAAUCAAGACUCAAGUCAGACUUGCAAACAGAGAUUUAACACUCAAGUCAGACUCGCUUCCAGAGACUCAAGACUCAUGUCAAUCUUACAACCAGAAGAUCAAGAUUCAACUCGGACUUGACACCCAGAGAUUCAAGACUUGUAGA